CAAACGAUCGCCAAUUUAUUUGGCUUGUAUACAUAUGUAUUUGGUUAAAUAAAAAUCAUUGGAAAUAUUAGAGUACAACUCCACAACAAGCUUUUCAGGCAUUCCGCGCUUUUAAGGCUUCCAACUAUACAAUUCAGCUAUUGCUGAAAGCCUGAAAAGCGUAGAACCUGUACUCUGAGAACUCCACAAUAACUUUUUCGACUACCGAAUAACCGAUUAAGUAUCCUAAUUUUUGAAAUUCUGAAUUUUCAAAAUACCCUGUCCUAAAAUAUUUUUGAGCCAAAAUGUAUUUGACACACCUUGUUUUGAACGACGUAAACUUCUGCUUCUCUCACUUCUUAUGAAGGCAAAAUCAAAAAGCAAAACAUAUAAAUACAAAAAUUAACACAAAAUGUUUCGCAUACAAAAAUUGCUGCUUGAAGAAUUUCGUGAAAUCUACGAGCCUGUUAUUGUGGAGAAUCCAUUUACGCAAGUGACCGAAGAUGGGCACGGGAUCAGACAAUAUCACAUUGGCCUCACACCAUCAAAAAUCAUCUUCGGCUGCGACGAUUUCGAUCUGACAGAUAUGGAUAAUUAUGGCUAUCAUAGCAUGGAUCCCGAAAUAGAAACUUUUCAAUUGGUCAGCUUGUUGCCGCUGCAGUUUUUGUUAGUGAAAUUUUUUCGCAAGCAGGGACGCUGUAUUAUGCGUCUAUGCAUCGUUGGCGAUGAGGAUAAACCGAUGUUUUUUGAAUUUGGUGGUCACUUGUAUAAAAAUUUGUUGUGGAAUACGUGGCGUGAGCGUAUUGCCACAAUACGUUUGUCACAGCCUUUGUUCUUCAACAUAUCUGGAUGCAGCCCAUUCUCGAGCACAGAUGUGUUGGUGGAGGACGAGGAGGUGGAAGCGCUGGUGCAUUCGGCGCCACAUUCGGUGGCUAGUUACUGCAUGAGCCUCGGACGCCAGUGA